AUGUUGGGUCUGUUGGUCGCUGUCUCCGCCGUAGCGUGCUACGCAGGUGCGGUGUCCAUCACGAACGUGACGGUACCGGAUCGAAGCGCCGCGGCCGGUUGGGUCUAUCUUCGAUACAGCCCGGACCCUACCUGGGUGAACAGGAUAGAGUUCAGGUGUGAAUAUACCAUCUCACCUGCCUCAGCCAAUCCGCCUACUAUCACCUGGCUCAAGGGACCCUUCACAGACCGACAAGUGAUCUACAAGUGGAGUUCAUCAGGAGAAGUCUACGUCCAUCCCGAGUUCGCAGGCCGGGUCAGCGUGGAGUCCCGAACCCGCCCGACUCUCGUGCUGACCGACGCGAAGUAUGACGACUGGGGCCGAUACUGGUGUCGGGUCACGAACGAGGACCAAUCGGACGAGUUCGGCACUGACGAGGAGUCUCUGCUAUUCUAUUACAAGUCGACUGUCUACGAUUACGACGUCCCUGCUCGUGGCGGCCAAUAUUCUUUUGUGGAGGUGGACAAAACACCAGUCCGUGUGAAGGCGGGUGGGACGGCCCGGCUCAACUGUGAGGGAUCGGGCGGCCCUCUGGCGUCCAUUGUCUGGUUCAAAGGGCCAAGUUGUACCCAAGACGGAAAGUGCAACGUAUAUGAGAUGGUCAUCAACAAAACAGCUGUACCUCAGCCCCAUCCGAUUCUAGGUCCGGGAACCGUUAACGUGUCGCCGAAGUACGCAGGAAGGGCUUCACUGGACUUCAACGACGGUGGCUACUACAAUUAUUACUAUCCGGAUCUAACCAUCACUGACAUUCGCCCUACCGACGUCGGUCGGUACUGGUGCACCGAUGAUGCGCCCUUAUGGUACCAGAAUGAUCUGCGCAGCCGCGAUUCCCAGUCUGUGGUGGUGCUCCUUGACGAUGAAGCACCAACACCGUCAUGUGAUGGGAAGGCUGACGGGAUGUACCAGGACCCUGGCGACUGUUCCCGGUACUACAGCUGCUCGGGUGGCUGGCUGUACGGCCCAGCGCCCUGUCUGACCGGGCUGUUCUUUAACGAGGCCUUGCAAGUGUGUGACUGGCCUAAUAACGUUGCCUGUGCGUAAGAACUCGGCACGUUGGCGAGUAAAUCUCUCGGUAGGAGGUUUGGAUUUGACAUCCAUGGCCGUUUACCCCAGACUCAAGAGGGCAUUAAAAACUUUAGAUGAUA